AUGGCUGGUAUUAUUGCCAUUUACGGACUGGUGGUCUCAGUUCUGAUUUCAUCCUCCCUUAAGCAGCAACAGGCUCUUUACACAGGAUUCAUCCAAUUGGGUGCUGGUCUGGCCGUUGGUCUGUCUGGUUUGGCUGCCGGUUUCGCCAUUGGUAUCGUUGGUGAUGCCGGUGUCAGAGGAACUGCUCAACAACCAAGAUUGUUCGUUGGUAUGAUUCUGAUUCUGAUUUUCGCCGAAGUGUUGGGUCUGUAUGGUCUCAUUGUUGCCCUGCUGUUGAACUCUCGUGCAACCCAAGACGUGACCUGUUAG